AUGGACGACCAUUUAGCACUGUUAUUUUUAAAUUUACGUGAAGUUGACGGUACCCUUCGCACAGCCACUCCAGAGGAACACGAUCGUAUGAACAGAACUUAUUAUGAAAAACCAAAUCGACCUGUAUUCCCACCACCAGUCUUUGAGGAUCCUUACCUUCAAGACGCCUUGGAUAGAAAAGAGCAUGAGUUUGUGCUUGAUUGGGCCUGUUGGUUCUUUGAACCAGAUGAUCCGGCUUACGUGAAGCUUGUCCAAUGCAUAUUUGAUCGUGUCAUUGAGAAAGGCGACUUUGACGUUUUACAUUCCACUCGACACUUUGGAACAAUGGUUUUUUAUCUCGCUCUCAAUGGGAAUAUUCCACCGCUAUUAAAUUUCUUUGGAGGCCGUGGGAGACUUCACGAUUGUGCUAACUUGGUGCGUCUCCAAAAGACGUUGCAUCCAGAUUGGCGGUUUGUUAUAAAUACAGGUGAUAGCGAUUUGAAGAUUGUAACCGACUUUAUGAAGCAGGUAGUACUUUUUUCUUCGAACAUUUCUUUGCUUAUGGAUUCAAGCUUUGUCUUAAUUACAAUACUCUUGCGUUGCUCCAAGCUUUCAUCUUUGAAAACUUUUUGGCUAUCGCAUCUCUCAUGCCUUUCUGCAUCACAUUGCACAAAUAGUGAUUUAACUCAUAUUUAAAA